CAUCGCUAAGGGUUGAGGCGAGCCGUGAGAGUCUGUGGCAAGGGAUGAGAGAGUAGAAGCAGAGAGGCGCUUUGACAUCACCCUGCCUGUUGAUUAUGAAAUCAUUCUCCUGAUUUGUUGGUGUGUGUGUGUUACAGGUGUGAACCAUGUGGUCUGAAGGAGAAUGCAGCCUGUUGCGUGCCGCUGCGCCCGUCCUCCGGCGCUGCACUAGUGCUGACGUGAGCGUCUCUCUUCGAAACAUCAACCGCCAGCAGCAGGAAGCGAAUUCUAUCGGCUGCACGCCGCACGCGGGAAGAGCGAGGCAGGAGGACACGACACUAACAUGACGGAGUGGCCGUGCCUCGUCCUUUCGCGUGCGCCGUCAUGCGUGUCCGGGCAGUGUGCACAUCAGCUCCAGGGAGCCUGCGGUUGUAGUGGGCAUUGAGAGAGUGAGAUGCAGCAGCCCGCCGGUGCCAGAGGAUGCGUCUGAUGCCGCGCGUGCUGACGCUGCUGUUCAGCCUGUCCGUGCUGACCAUGGUCUUCGUGGCGCGCUGCGGCUUCAACAUGGACGCGCACCUGCACCAGCCCAUCACCAGCGGCAUGCCCCACCGUCCUGCAGCCGUGGCACCGGAGUCCGGCAGCAACAUCCACCUGCGACAGAUGCUGAAGGAGUUGGAAGCACAGCACCACCAGGAACGCAAACAUCUAGAGAGAGAGAUUCACAAUCUGGAAGCCAAACUGCAUACUUUGCUGCAGGCUGUGGCCAACACUACCAAACCUCCACCAGUCACUCAAUCUCCUGCCUUGCCUCCCUUGGCCUCACCCCCAGCAAAUGCUGUAGCCACAGCAAAUCACAAGGUGCUCUCCUGGUCACCCGAUGAAUUCCUUCAGCAGAACAGUUCAGCACAAGACCUGGCAAUGUACUUCAUGGAGAGACUGCAGAUGGCGGAAGUUCUGAAAGGGUUUCCUUACAAGACAGAGUAUGAAGUCAUCCCCUUCAAUAGGUUCACCCUGAUGAGGAUAUAUUUAGUGGAGCCAGGUCUUGGCAAACGGGUGAUAGAGAAACCAAUCGGUAAUAAGAAGAAAGAGCUGUAUGAGAUCAUUGCCAUGGGCAUUGAUAACUUAAAUCACAACCGCACUGCAGGACAACCUUUGUAUGGCUAUGAAGACUUUGUGGAGGGCAUUUAUCGUGUGGAGCCCACAGCUGGAACUUCCUAUGAGUUGUACUUUCAAAAUAAAGAUGCCGCUGCUAAUCCCCAUCAUAUCCCAGGUCCUGAUUCUUAUGUUCAGGUGAAGGUCUUCCGCCCUUUUGGGCCACCAAUGAUUGUCAGCACUAAACAAGAAAAAUCAGAGGAGUGGAUCAACUUGCUUUUGCCUCUGUCAGGACGUGUUGACACCUUCCGACAUUUCAUGGAUCGUUUUGUCAACACUUGCAUCAAACAGGACAAACGGGUAUACUUGACCGUAAUCUACUUCGGAAAUGAUGGUCUGAAGGAGGUCAAAGCCAUCAUGUCCCAGGCAGCGAGGACGCACAAGUACAAACAUAUGAAGCUUAUCACACUGGAUGAGAAAUUCGCUCGUGGAAGAGGUCUGCAAAUUGGUGCCUUGAACUGGAAAAGUGGUGAUGUCCCUUUCAUGUGCGAUGUAGACAUUGUGUUUGGGGUGGAUUUUUUGGAGCGGUGCCGGUUAAAUGCUGAGCGUGAGAAACAGGUGUACUACCCCAUUGUGUUCAGUCUCUACAACCCCAGCGUAGUGUACUCCUUACAAGACAUUCCAAUACCGUCCCUCUCUGAGCAGCUGAUCAUAUCCAAAGAUACAGGCUUCUGGCGGGACUUUGGCUACGGCAUGACUUGUCAGUACCGCUCGGACUUCCUCAAGAUCAAAGGCUUUGAUGAACAAAUCAUGGGAUGGGGAGGAGAAGAUGUCUUCCUGUACCAGAAGUACGUACGUAGCGAGUACCUAGUCAUCAGGGCCACGGAUCCAGGUAUAUUUCACUUGUGGCAUGAAAAGGUCUGUGACCCCAAGUUAAGUUCAGAGCAGUAUCGAAGCUGCAUUCGCUCCAAGGCUCUGACAGAGGCAUCCCACUCACAGCUUGGCCUCCUGGCUUUCAAGGAUGAAAUUAAUGUGCAUCGCAGUGUUCUCAAUAGGGCAGAAAUUAAAGAACAAGUUAUCGUGUAAUUAUAUCUUUUCUCCUUCAUAUCUUUUUCAAUUUUUUAACCCUGCAAUUUUUUCAAAAUGUAAAUGUCAAUGCUAAAAAUAAGAAGAAUGCAUCCAUUAUGAAGUAACAAACAAAUCUGCUUCAUCUUUAAAUGGAACGCAAUGCCCUAGACACAGUGAAUCAGAUACCUAAGCCACUUACCUUUAGUUUUCAGUGGCUGAUCUUAGCUUUUCAUUUCAGAUUCUCCUUAGUCAUUGAGUGUGAUCAUAUUGAAAUGUGCCUUAAAUUAUUCAUUAUUGUGAUCAUAUUCAAAUCAGCAUAGUAAUUGCUUCCUGCUGUACCAUGUCUGCUGUAUUGUCUUUCACAGUCACUUAUAUUAUCAUUCAGUUAGGACAGGUGGUUGUCAUCUCAGCAAAUUCAGAACCUCCCACCAGCAGUGUAGCCAAGUUUGAAUCAAACUUGCGAUUAAAUCACUUUCAUGGAGUCUGAAUCACUAAGGAUAUUGUGUGCUGGAAGAUACUUUUUUCUGGAUUCUAGUCCUAAUCAUGUAUCAGCUGUUUAUUAGCUAUUUGUCUGAAUACAACUCCUGUGAAUCUUUAAUCUAAUUUCAAAUAUAUCAUUGUCAGGCCAAAGGUGCAAUUUCUUCUGAAUCUGUCUCUUGGAUUCUUUACCUAGUCAAUAAGCUAUCUAUACACAUAUUACUAUUAACCAAAACACACCUCAUUACAUCAUCAUUGUUGGUGUAGUUUGCUGCAUCUGUAUUUGUCGCUGGAAGGAUAUUUUUUCUUUCAAAAUCACCUGAAAGUGCCUUUCACUAAUACAUCAAUACUCACUGUAAUGUCAAGGAAUAACAUGGUUGUUCUUUUCUUUAUUGUUGAAUAUUUUAUGCAGGUUUUGAUUUAUUGGAAUAUUUUUGGCUGUGUCUGCACUCCAUAUGCAGGGAUUAAGUUAGCAAGAAAUGGAAAAAACCUAUCCACUGAAGAAUCCAGACUAUUUCAGAUAUGAUGGAUUCAACAACUAAGUAACAGCAUAACUAUCAAACAAUAUUUCACAUGAAAUGUUUGGUUCAUUAGUUGAAGAUGCUGGCUUGUUUCAUCAAUAUAAAAGUCUGUGUGGCUGUGAAAGAUAUGUUGAGGCCAAGAAGGGUCAAAUGUAUCCUGUUAGUAUGAGAUUAUGUAAAGACAGUUUUGUUCAGCCAAGUGUAUUAAGCUUGUAACAGGUACAUGUUAUAUUGGUUUUAUGUCACAAACCUGGUUUCCCUGGCUGUCUGCUUUCAUUCAAGAGUUUCUUGGUAUAGAGAAGACUCAAAAAAAAACCAGUAUUUGUUAUUCGAUCUGUUCAUACAUGUUUCCAGUGUUCUGGCUUUCUUUGAACAAAAUAUGAAUAUGCACAAGAUAUGUUCUCUGGAAUCUCUAAUAGAUAAGUUUAAUCUCUUUGUCACUAUGCUCAUUUAUGACUGUUCACCGUGCCAAUUGAGCUUAAUUUCAGUCCAAUGGAUUUAUUGUUAUGGGUCUUAAAAAUCCAGCUUUACACCUCAGUAUUAGUAUUUAUUUACAGUGCAAUUUAUAAACGCAGUAUAUUAUGUUCUUGUACUGUCCUUUCCCAUAUUUUUCCUUAAGACAUUAUAAUGCCUACGUUGUAACUGGUCUGGUUUUUUUUUAAACAAUUUAUUGUACAGCGCCACACACGCACACACAAAGUAUAUUCAAUCAGAGCUAGUAUAUUUUGUGGUGCAUUUUAUACUGUAAAUAAAUUUUGCAACUCAUGGAAAAUUGUGAAGUUGAUCUGGUCAUUUAAAGAUGUAAAGAUUCAUUUCAAGACAGCUGCUAGAAAAAUGUAUAAAUUAUAUAAAAUUUGGAUGAUGUGCCUUAUUUUGGCCUUCUUCUCUUCAGAAUUGCAUCUGUAAGCGCAGGAGUAAAGCUAUGUUGCAGCCUUGAAACCACAGUUUGAAAAACUUUUUAAACGUCACUUAGGAUGGAUAAAAUAUAGCAAUAAAAGGACAUGGAAUGUUGAUUUGUUCUAUGAUGAAAUUUUAACAUGCUGGAGAAAUCAUCAUGCCCAGGCACAUAAAAAUUUGCAUAAUAUUGAUUUCUUGUUGGGGUUGAUUCUUAUCAGAAUACUCAUGAUAACUGUGGAAACCCGACCUGUACAGUGAUUGAAAAAUAUCACAUCUCAGAGUGAUCAGUAAAGCAUUAAAGAAGGUAAGAUGGAUACAAUGGAAGCUGCUUUACUUAAGACAAUCUUGUUCACUGAAUCAUCCACAAUUUUUUUAAAGUUCUUAUGAAAACUUAUGUUAAUAUGCCAUUCUUCUCACAGUUAAACUUCUUGUUUGAAUAUUCAGUGUGAAAAAUGUAGAUAUAUUGUUCUCUUUUGAGCACACUUUUCAUGCUAACAUGCCAUUCUUCCAACAGUUAAGCUCCUUGUUUUGAAUAUUUAGGUGGAAAAAUACAACAUUUUUUGUCUUUUGAGCACACUACUUCUUCAGUAUUCUCUCUCACACUAUUGGUAAAAGAAAAAAAAAAAGAAAAUUCAUGAAAGCACAUCUUGAUAUAUACUCAUACCAGGGAAGUCUGUGUUGAGUUGUCAAGACUACUUUUGUGCUCUUGUUCUUGUGCAUUUCUGUGGGCAUCUGUUACUUACAGUAACCUAUAGUUUAUUAAAAACUGUAAUCUUAAAUAUUUUGACUCAGGCUAGCCUUUAACAGAUUAAAGGAUAGCUCAUCUUAAACACUCAGUAGUCAAUCUUUAUUUUUCGUAUUGGGGUUUUUCAUAGCUUCAAAUUCUUCCUUAAUGUGUUUACAUUAAAAUUUUAUUUCUUCAGCAUCAUAAUCCCUACCUACUGCCUACAGUUUUGAGAGGUUUACACUAGCACUGUAAGAAGCAUUGCUGCUUUUGAUGUUUAUUAUCCCUUGAGGCUUGUGGAUGCAUUCAGAACAUUUAUGUUCAAGCAUUUUGCCCUUCUUUGAAACCUUUAAUGGUUAUUUGAUGCUUUUUUUUUCAAGUUCUCCCUUUGUUUUGUCAAGAACUCUGUACGGAAAAACAUCAGAUGAUGUGAUGCUUGAUAUCCAGCUACACAUUUAUACUGUAUCAUAUCGUGCUCAAACACAUCAAUUUUAUGUUGAAAAAGAUCCAUAGAUAUGUCAAACUACCAGAUCUUAAUCAGACAAUAAAAUUGAUAUGUUAUAACUGCAUUAUUUUUAACAUAAUAAAGAGAAGUAGUUCAAGCUUGAUGUCCCCUCUAAAACAUGAAUCUGGAUGUAAAUUGUAAUUACAAUUGCCAACAGGUACCUUGCACUAAGAGACUGUUAACAUAGUUUUAACUUAUACAUGUAGUUAGAAAUCGUUGAUCUGCUGGACAUAGGGCACUUAUUUCUAUUUAAUUCAACAGAAUUUUGUGCCACUAAUUAUUAAUGAUGUACAGCUAAAUAUUUUGAAUGUUCAUAUUUAUCUAUGCACUUGCAUCAAGAUAUUUUACUGUCAUUACUUAUUAUGUUGUACAAAAAAAGAACAAAGGGCUUUGAAGAAAUGGAGUAACUAUAUCUCCUGUUUAGGAAAGUAUUUAAUUGUACAGUCAGAAUUAAAUCAUUGAUCAUUCUCUAAUGUAUGCACAGAGGUGAAAAUAAAAAUUUGUGAUCAAAUGAUA